AUGGAUAGAUUUGUACGACGACGGUCCGCCACGGAAGGACGGAUGAACGCCAUUGUGGUUCGAGUCAAUCAACUAGACAUAGCCACCGCGCGGAUAGACGAGCUGGAUAUCGAAAUGGACAGUUUGCUAGAAGCUUGGCAGGAGUUUCGGACAGUACACCACGAGAGCCUGGACGCUUUGGAAGACAACGACGCUGCGAAACUGGCUAUCCAACAAGCAAACGAGUUGGAAGGCUUGUACAACCGUGCUAGAGCUGCAAUUUCGGACUUCCGUCGUAAAAUCGUCAAACGGGACAGUGUCAUUAUGGGAACACCAUCAACGUCUUCCCAGCCAGGGCCAGACGCUGCAUACCCGAGUGCAACUGUUCCAGAACUGCAGUUACCCAAAGGAAUUCUUCCAACCUUCUCGGGCGACUACGGAGAGUGGAAUUCCUUCUACGAUCUUUUUUUGAGCUCGGUUCACAGCAACACUCGCUUGACGAAGGCUCAGAAACUAUUCUACUUAAAAACCUACACCACCGGACGUGCAGCAGCAGUGCUCAAACACAUGAAAGUGGAGGAUAGUGCUUACGACGGAGCGUUAGAAGCGUUACGGAAACGUUUCGAUAGAAAGGACCAGAUAGUUAAUCAUCACUUACAACGUUUUCUCGACAUCCCAUCGAUUCCCGCUGCAUCGGCUGGUGCCCUUCGACGAGUAUACGAAACGGCCGACGACGUGGUGCGAGCUUUGCGUGCACUGCAACGAGAGGAACGAGACUGCUGGCUAAUUUAUUUGCUACUCACUCGAAUCGAUCCGGAUACUCGUCAACAGUGGUUCAAUCAAGCAACUACGCUCGAGGAACAACCUACCUUCGAAAUGUUUCUCACAUUCCUGGAACAGCGAUCAUACGCCAUGGAAACGUCUCACUCUUCCCUGGCAAACAAUGGUCAACGAACAAAUAGAGCAGGACUACAAAGGAACUGCAACAGCUUUGUGUCCGUGAAUUCUAUCGAACACAAUAGAUGCCAAAUCUGCAACGAACAUACGCAUCCCGUAUUCUUCUGUAAACGUUUUAAAGAAGCGACACCGGCUGAGCGUCUUCAAAUAGUGGAAAAGCAUCAAAUCUGCAAGAACUGCCUUCGAUCCAAACAUGGCGAUUGUCAAGCUGGCUCUUGCAAAACUUGUAAAGAACGACAUCACACGCUUCUUCACGAAGGACUGAAGGGCAACGCUCGCCUUUCUUUCCCGAUUAUCAGCAAUCUUUCUAUCAACGAAGCUUUUUCAUCGGUCUUCCUUGCCACUGCAGUCGUCAACGUGCGCGACAUUCGAGGCAAGCUGCAUUCGGCGCGAGCACUACUAGACUCAGCCUCACAAGCAAGCUUCAUCACAUCCGAUCUCUCAAAGCAACUCGGAUUAAUCCCACAAGCCGUGCACAUGCCACUGCGCGGGAUAUCCGGACUUACCACGGACAUCAAUAACGCCGUCGAGAUCACCUUCCAAUCCAGGAAAUCCAGUUUUAUCAAACAAGUAAAUUGUGCCAUCUUACCAAAAAUCUCAGAACGUUUACCACAUGCUUUUGUGGAUACUUCAUCUUGGAGAUUACAGGAAGACUUUCCGCUGGCGGACGAACGCUUUAAUUCUCCGGGAGAAAUCGAUUUGCUUUUGGGAGCGAGUAUUUUCUACCAACUGCUCAAUCCAGAGCGAAUCUCACUGGGACCAGCUAAACCUGUUCUUCAAAGCACUACUCUCGGAUGGGUGGUGGCUGGUUUUUGCGACACAGCUGUGGACAACAAAGGUGAAGCUACAUGUUUCUACAGCAGCUUAGUAGUAGAGGCAGCCGGAGGUGAAAGUUCUCUCAAUCAACUAGUUAGUAAAUUCUGGGAAUUGGAAAACGUUACAGCCAUCAAGCAUCUCACCGAGGAGGAACAAUUAUGCGAAAAGCACUAUCGGAAUACCACCACGCGCGAUACAUGUGGUCGGUACAUCGUCAAGCUACCAUUUCGCCAAGAUCCUGCCACUCUGGGAGAAACCGGAUACACAGCGUUGCACCAAUUCAAUUCCCUACAAAGACGAAUGCAAAGGAAUUCAGACCAAUGGAACCGUUAUUCAGACUACAUUUCACAGUAUAUCCAAGCGGGAUACGCAUCUUACAUAGCACCUGCCAAGGAUCCAGAGAAAAUAGUAUAUCUCCCGCAUCACGGCGUUCUUAAAGAAGACAGCAGCACAACUAAACUUCGGGUCGUGUUCAAUGCCUCGCAGAAGUCUACCAACGGCUUGGCACUCAACGAUAUCCUGAUGACUGGACCAGUAGUUCAGGAUACUUUGUACAAUAUUUUUUUGAACUUCCGAACGCAUUGCAUUGCGUUGACAGGGGACAUCGAGAAAAUGUACCUUCAAAUAAAGGUCACCAGUGAGGACAGCAAACUCAUUCGGAUGCUGUGGCAGGAACCGGGUCAACCGGUGGCAGAGUAUGGUAUGAACACCGUUACGUUUGGUACCACUUGUGCCCCUUAUCUGGCUACCCGAACCUUGCAACAGUUAGCAGAGGAUGAGGGAAACAAGCUUCCCAUAGCGAAAGAAUCCAUCAAGGAUUUUUAUGUCGACGAUUGCCUGACUGGGGCCAACAGCGUCGAGGAGGCAAUAACAAAACGGCGGCAGAUUACAGCGUUGAUGCAGAAAGGAUGUUUCAAAAUCCGAAAGUGGGCAUCCAACAACCGGACUGUUAUGGCGGACAUUCCAGCAGCUGAACGAGCACUAGAACGAGUUCAUUAUUUCGAUCCAGAGUCAACAUUAAAAACCCUUGGCGUGAGGUGGCAGGUAGUAGAGGACUUGUUCACAUUCAACGUAGAUGUUGACCCUACGCAGACAUGCUUCAUCAAGCGAGCGGUACUUUCUACGAUUGCAAAAAUUUUCGAUCCUCUUGGACUGAUCGGUCCUGUUUCGGUCAUGGCAAAGGUAUUCAUGCAAGAGCUAUGGAAAAUCGAUAUCGACUGGGAUGAAGCUCUUCCGGAAACGUUCAACCAACGUUGGCGAACCUUUCUGGUGCAUCUGCAAGAAUCCUGGCGCAUCAAAAUUCCGCGUCGUUGCAUCGGACUGGACAAUCCAACACGUAUCUAUUUGCAUGGUUAUUGUGACGCUUCCGAACUUGCAUACGGUGCAGUACUCUACCUGCGGGCCAUCGACGAUACCGGUAAGACUAGCUCUCGACUUCUGUGCUCCAAGGCAAGGGUAGCACCUAUUAAUCGGCCCACGAUACCCAGACUGGAAUUAUGCGCAGCUGCGUUGCUUGCCCAACUAGUAAAAACGGUGAAGGCAACACUACGAGUAAACCUGCGAGGAACGGUGGCAUGGAGUGAUUCGACUACUACUCUAGCAUGGAUUGCAGGAGAUCCGAGCAGAUGGAAAACUUUCGUUGCCAACAAAGUGGCAGAAAUUAACACCGUAAUCCCUGCGGUUAAUUGGAGGCACAUUGCAAGUGAGAUGAAUCCGGCAGAUCUGCUCAGUCGAGGAGCAGCUCCUUCAACACUAGCAUCUUGUCAGCUAUGGUGGAAUGGACCAAAUUGGAAUCCUGGCGAGACAAACGAGCAGUCAGAAUCAACAUUAUCAGUGGCAGAAUCUCACAUAGUGAAAAAGGAGCAACGAAAGCCAGCGUUAUCAGCUUAUCCGGUCAUCAUCGAAAACAAAUUGGACAUGGCAUUUUUGUUGGACAAGAUCUCAUCAUUCCCGCGUAUGAUCCGAGUACUGGCAUGGAUUGUGCGAUUUAUCUCAAACUGCCAACUGAGAAGGAGUGAGCGACGUCGCGGAUACCUUGUACCGAUUGAGCUGACUGCGGCGCAAAAUUUACUAGUCCGGGACGCGCAACAAACGUACGGAGCAGAAAUUAAUGCCAUUCAGCACGCAUGUGCCCUGCCGUCCAAAAGUUCGCUUCUACCGUUAUCUCCAUUUAUAGAUGGCGAUCUCCUCAGGGUGGGCGGCAGGUUGGCGUUAUCCAAUUUGGAGUACGAAGCAAGGCAUCCUAUCAUCUUACCAGCGGACAGUCGGUUGGCUGAAUUAUUAUUUCGCUACGAACAUAUCAGAAAUCAUCAUUUAGGCGCCCAAUCGCUGUUAGCUACAAUUAGGCGUACUUAUUGGAUUCCACGUGGCAGGAAUUUGGCUCGAAAAACGGUUUGGAAUUGUGUUCCGUGUCAUAGAGCAAAUCCAAACAGAGGAAUGCUUCAGCAAAUUAUGGGGCAUCUUCCCGUCGAAAGAACGCAACCAUCACCUCCAUUUUACAUUACUGGUGUGGACUACGGAGGACCCAUCACGCUAGUACAACGAAGAGCACCGGGUUCACCGACAACAAAGGGCUACAUAGCAUUAUUCAUUUGCUUCGCAACACGGGCAGUCCAUUUGGAAGCAGUUAGCCAGCUGACCACUAAGGCAUUUCUAGCUGCUUUGAGACGGUUCGUCUCUCGGCGAGGCCAUUGCGGACAUAUUUAUAGCGACAAUGGCACCAAUUUUGUCGGAGCGGCGCAGGAGAUGAAGCAGUGGUUUCAAAAGGCACGAUCAAACGACCACAACAGGCGAGUUUCGGACUACUUGGCAAUGGGCGGAACGUGCUGGCAUUUCAACCCACCAGGUACACCACACAUGGGUGGCCUGUGGGAAGCCGCUAUAAAAUCAGCGAAAAAACAUUUGACGACUAUUACCCAAGGAGCAAAACUGACGUUUGAAGAAUUCGCAACGCUAUUGGCGGAAAUUGAGGCAGUACUCAACUCUCGCCCCAUCUCUCCAGAAUCUAGUGAUCCGAAUGAUUUGCGGCCAUUGACUCCCGGACAUUUCCUCGUAGGAAGACCUCUAACGACGAAAAAUAGUGCAGACUACACACCAAGCGAAGAUCACCCGUAUGAAGUGCGAUUCAAAUAUCUUCACGAGCUGAAACAACACUUUUGGGACCGAUGGCGACGAGAAUACCUACCAGAGCAACAGAUCCUGGGAAAAUGGCACACCACUUCCAAGGACCUGCAGCUAAACGACAUGGUGCUGAUCAGAAAGCAAAAACUUCCCGGGUACCAAUGGACGGUAGGGCGAAUCAUCAAAAUACACAGCAGCCCAGAUGGGCAUUCCAGACUAGCAACUGUUAAGACACAACAAAGUGAACUCGUACAAUCAGUACAUAAUCUCAGUAAACUGCCGAUUUAA